AUGAUAGUUGGACGUACAUUAACACAAGAAAUACGUUUAAUGGCUCGAAGAUUCCCGGUGGAAGUUUUCCCACUUGUUACGGUUACAUCAUUUGCGCUUUGUUACGCAAGAAAGAAAGCAUUGAUAAAAGGAUUUAUGAUCCAGUAUUGGAUUGCCACAAUUGUAUUUGUUGGAUUAAGUGUUGGAUUGAUAACAAUGGCUGGCAGCAGUAAAAGAGACACAUUCAUCAAAUGUAAAGGUGAAUUUCCGCCUAAUAGUGAAGAAGAUGUUAGACAAAUUUGUAUAAAUAGGGUUUUGGAAUUUGAAAAUAUUACAAAAAUUGCUUCAUAUGUACAAGGUGGUGUUCUAGUGUUUUUUGGAAUAUUUGUAACGAUUUUUGGAGUUCGUGAAUUUAUGGAUAUUAAAAUGGACGAAGAAACUUCCAGUUUACUUGAUAGAGCCGAUUUUAAUAACAAAGAGGAGGUUGAAUCUAGCACAUCCUCUAUGUCCGAUCACAAUCAAUUAUUACCGCCUGGAAGUGCAUUAAAUAGAAAUAUUAGUAAUGCAAGUAGUGCUUAUAGUAGUUCUUCUAGUAAUAGUAAUGGCAGUAUAAACAGAUAUCCUCCUAUGACACCAUAUUCUGGAGUACCGGGGAGAAAUCCAGUACCAUCAAAUUAUCCUCAUCCAAAUGCUACUAAUUUAUCACGUAACCCAACGAAUGCAA